AUGCUACUACUUCAGCCACAAGCAUCAUCUACUGAGCGCUCACGUCAACCUUCGCAUUCGAAAUUGGUGUGCGUCAGUGUGCCCGAGUGGUCUAAGGGGGCCAUGACCAGUGGACGUUACCUGCUGGUAAGCAAGAACGAAACGGCAGCAUGUGAGACACUGGCCAGCACCAAGCGAGGCAGUAAGUACGACAAGUGCUGA